AUGGCUCGAGCCAUGGCCCUCCUAUGGGUCUGUACCUUGAUCCUGGUCACGACCGGUGUUGUUGCAGAUAACAUUGGUGUGAAUUGGGGUGUGAUGUCGUCGCAUCCAUUGCAUCCUAGCAUUGUGGUUCGUCUGCUCAAAGACAAUGGCAUGAAAAAGGUCAAGCUUUUCGAUGCGGAUCCUUGGGUGGUAGGCUACUUGGCUGGAACUGGCAUAGAGGUUAUGCUUGGAAUUCCUAAUGAUCAGCUAAAGACAAUGGCUAAUGACCACGGUGCUGCCAAGGAUUGGGUCAAAGAAAAUCUCACCAGACAUCUUCAUGAUGGGGGUGUCAAUAUCAAGUAUGUGGCUGUUGGGAAUGAGCCAUUCUUGAGUAGCUACAAGGGUUCAUUUACCAAAUACACUUUCCCAGCAUUGAAGAACGUUCAGAAGGCCCUAAAUGAUGCAGGUAUAGGAGACAAAAUCAAAGCAACAGUACCUCUAAAUGCUGAUGUUUACGAAUCGGGUUCAAACAAACCAUCCGAUGGUGCCUUCCGCAGUGACAUAAAGGAUCCCAUGACGCAAAUUGUGCAUUUUUACAAGGAACAAGGAUGUCCAUUUGUCGUCAACAUAUAUCCUUUCCUUAGUCUCUACCAGAACACUAACUUCCCUCAAGAUUUUGCAUUCUUUAACGGAGGCCACCCGUUGAAUGAUGAAAACGUUCAGUAUGACAACGUUUUUGACGCAAACUAUGACACUCUUGUUUGGGCAUUGAAAAAAGCCGGGGUCCCGGAUUUGAAGAUCAUUGUUGGGGAAGUAGGAUGGCCAACAGAUGGCAACAAAUUUGGAACUAAAGAUAACGCUAAGAAGUUUUAUGAUGGUCUAUUCAAAAAAUUAGCCAGUAAUAAGGGAACCCCACUUCGUCCUGGGAAAAUGGAAGUCUAUGUAUUCAGUUUGUUUGAUGAGGACAUGAAGAGUGUUGACCCUGGAAAUUUCGAAAGGCAUUGGGGAAUUUUUACCUUUGAUGGGAAACCCAAAUUUCCAAUGGACUUUUCUGGCAAUGGAAAUGACAAGCCAUUGGUGUCUGCCAAAGGGGUACAAUACCUGCCUAAGCAAUGGUGCGUUUACAAUAAGGAUGCUAUGAACCAGCAAGCUUUGCCUAGCCAGAUGAAUUGGGCAUGCAGCCAUGCCGAUUGCACAUGCUUGCCGGAAGGGUCAUCUUGUUACACCGGGGACAAUAAUUUGAAGACCUCGUAUGCCUUUAACAGCUACUACCAAACCAAUGACCAGGAUGUUGAAGCCUGUAAUUUCGAGGGAUUGGGCAAGAUUGUAAAUGAGGAUCCAUCAAAAGGGACUUGCCAAUUCCCAAUUCAGAUAGAGAGUGCAGGAGAGAGGCCAAGUUUGGCAUAUGGAGCAAUUGCUGCCCUUGUUUCCUUGGUGAGCUUGUUCACAAUGGUGUAAGAUGAGAAUCAACUAUAAAUCAUCCGAUGCGAGUUUGGUACGUAGAAUGUUAGAGCAGUUUCCUACAUGCCUUUUUUCUUCUUAAAUUCGUUCAUUGGUUUUCAUGUUAAAAUGUCAGAAUUUGCCUUAAAAAAGUUUGAGGCUAUGGCAUCUUUAUCCUUCAAGUAAUCAAGUGAUGCCUGUAAACGACUAGUGGACAAUAGCCAAGCUGCCGAGGUAGGUCAGCGAAUGAAGCUUUUUGGUAGUUAUGAAAUAUGAGA